AUGGGAGCAUAUUUGUCGGCACCUAAAACAAAUAAGGAAUCCCUUGACGGAGGAAAUUUAGAGUUGGAUCCUAGCAGAUAUGGACUGUCAUGUAUGCAAGGAUGGAGGAAGAAUAUGGAAGAUAGCCAUAUUUGUUAUAAUAACCUAAAACUGAAUGAGAUAGAGGAGGAUAUUUCUAUUUAUGGUGUUUUUGAUGGCCAUGGUGGACCGAAUGUUUCGAAAUGGAUUUCUUAUAAUUUUCGAAGGAUAUUUUUAAGAUGCAUAAAAGAAUCUAGUGAGGAAUUAAAAAAAAAAAAUCUUGAUAAGUCGAAAAAUUAUAAAUUAAAACUAAUUAAAUUGACACUUGAAAAAACAUUUUUGAGAUUAGACGAAGAAAUGCUGUUAACAGAAAAUCAAGAAAAAUUAAAAAAGUAUAGCGUACCAACACAGGAAAAUGAAGAAGAGUCUGAUACAAGAGACAAUUAUUUAUAUUCAAUUUUGAAUGAUAUAAUAUCCAAAAAUAUUAGCAUUAAAGCUGUAGAGAAAGAUGGGAAAAGGUGUUUACAGGUUGUAUAUAAUAAAGAUGGAAAUCCGAUAGAAGAAGGGAAUGCAGAAAAUGUAGAAAGUGUAGACAAUGUAGAAAAUGCAGAAUCGUCUACUUCUCAAGCUGAUGAGGAGAAUAACAAAUCUUCAAACUUGUUAGACAAGACGGAUAGCGUAAAACAGGAGGAGGACGAGGAUGACGACGAAGCUGCAAAAAAGAAAGAUCACAAAGUUACAGACAUUUCGCAAGAUGGUAACAAUAAUACAUUAAAAAAAGAUGACGAAAAUUCUGAAAGUUUAAGUUCCAACAAUAAGGAAGAAAAAGGUGAAGUAAAGGCGGAAAUGGAAAAAAGCAAAAAAAUUGAAGAUGAUGAGGAAAAAAAUAGUGUUAGUACAGAAGAGAAAAAUAAAGAAAUAAAUAAGCCAGACAGUAAGGGUGAAGUGAAUAGGAAUAAGGAAGUCCAUGAUGGAGGAGUGCCAAAUGUCAGUAAUGGUGAUAAUAAAGACAAAACGAAAGAUGAGGACACUAAGGGGUAUUCUGAUGAGUAUAUGAAUAAUGGUGAAAUCACGGAAAUGAACGCCAAGCGCUUGAAGAAGGAUAUGGACAAUGAGUAUUGUAUUAAUGAAAAGGAGAAAAAUAGCAAGGAGGAGAAUGAUAAAUUGAAUAGUAACAUCAUCGAAAACAGUAACAACAGUAAUAAUAACAAUUGCGUGCAAUAUGGCAGAAACGAGGCUGUAGGAAAAUCAGAACUAACAUAUGACAAUCUAAAAUAUAUGGAGGAAGUAGCAGCGAAGGAGGAGAAAAAUAAUGGUGAAAAUGAAAAUACAAACCCUUUUGACGAAAAUGCCUUGAAGUUAUAUGAUAAAGGGAUUAGUAGUAACGAAGAAGGAUUUUCAUACGAUGAAGCUAUAACAAACGUAAUUGAUAACAACAUAAGUAGUAACAACAAUAACGAUACAAAUAACGAGACAGAAGAUUGUAAUGGAGUAUAUUCAUCGGAUGAAUUACGUUUAUUUGAAAAUUAUUAUUCAAAUGAUUAUGAAGAUAAUAUAGCAUAUAGUUGUGGAUCAACGGCUAUAGUAGCAGUUAUAUUAAAGGGAUAUCUUAUAGUAGCGAAUGCAGGAGAUUCAAGAGCAAUCGUUUGUUUUAAUGGAAGUUCCUUAGGUAUGUCUACUGACCAUAAACCGCAUUUGCAAGAAGAAGAAGCACGAAUUAAAAAAGCAGGUGGUUAUAUAUCUAAUGGUAGAGUAGAUGGUAAUUUAAAUUUAACUAGAGCUAUUGGUGAUUUACACUAUAAAAGAGAUCCAUUUUUACCACAAAAGGAUCAGAAAAUUUCUGCCUUUCCUGAGGUUACUUGUGUUACUUUAACUCCAGAAGAUGAAUUUUUAUUUCUUGCAUGUGAUGGAAUCUGGGAUUGUAAAGAUGGACAAGAUGUUGUUGGUUUUGUAAAAACGAGACUUGAAAAGUUUGUAGAACCAACAAAUGAUGAAAUAGUUAUUGAUAAUACGGAUAACAAUAAUGAAAAUGCAACCACCACUAUUACGACCAAUGAAAAUAUUGUAAAUAGUAUGGGUAAUGAUGAACACGAUAAAUUGAAAGAUUUAGAGGAAAAUAACGUAAACGAAGAGGAGAGAAAAAAUUCCAUUGCGAUAAUAGAUAAAGAUAAAAAUAAUAAAAUGAGUAUCAAAAAUGUUGAUAAUAAUGAAGAUGAUAAUAAUGAUGAUAAAAAUACAGAAGACGGAGCAGGCAUUUCUGAUGACAUUCCUGGUGAGGAAGAUUUUGAUGUAGAAGAAGAUGAUGAUGAUAAUGACGAUAAUGACAACGAAAAUGUCAAUCAAAUGAACGUACAUGAUGAAAUUGACAUGGGCACGUAUGAUGAAGAUGAUUCGAAAUUCGAUUCUGCACCAGUUAUUGUAAGAAAAAAAUUCGAAAAAUUUAAUAAAUUAUCACAAAUUUGCGAAGAAUUGUGUGAUGAAUGCUUGUCAAAUAAUUAUAAAGAGAAUGAUGGAAUUGGAUGCGAUAAUAUGACUUGUUUAAUAGUUCAGUAUAAUCCCGUUUAUAAAAUACACACGGAAAAGAAGUUUUUGAAUAUCGACGACAUUGAAUAA